AUGACCGCACGAUCCUCGUUCCUCAUUGUCGGCGCGGGUCCUGCAGGCGCUGCUCUGGCUUGCUUCCUUGCUAGCUAUGGGCUGAAGGGUAUCAUGAUUAGCGCUGCUCCCGGGACAGCCAACACACCAAGGGCGCACAUUAUGAACAUGGCAGCAUUAGAAUGCCUUCGAGACAUUGGACUUGACAAAGAGAUGCUAAGGGUUGCAUCUGAUGGCGACAGUAUGGUCCACACUCGGUGGUGCCACAGCAUGGCGGGCGAGGAGUACGCACGGAUUCACUCUUGGGGCCAUGGACCGACUAGAAAGGGUGAAUACGAAAUGGCCAGUCCCUGUGACCCUGUUGAUCUGCCCCAGACCGAGCUCGAGCCGAUACUUGUCCGCAGUGCGACCCUCGGCGGGUUCAAGACGCGGUUCGACACAACCCUGCUUCGUUUUGAUGGCGGCCUAGAAGGCGAUGGUCCCAUCACUGCCACGGUCAAGGACAACAUCUCUGGCCAAGAGUAUCAGAUUCGCACCAAGUACUUGUUCGGAGCCGACGGUGCCCGGAGCCAGGUCAUCAAGCAGCUGGAUCUGCCCCUUUCAGCCAAGCCAGGCCAAGGGAUGGCCAUCAAUGUGCUGGUCAGGGCAGACUUGUCACACUUGAUCAAGCACCGGAGGGGCAACCUGCACUGGGUGGUGCAGCCCGACCGCGAGCACCCGGCGUUCGGCUGGCAGGGCAUCGUGCGCAUGGUCAAGCCAUGGGACGAAUGGAUGUUCAUCCUGCUACCGAAUCCGGACUGUGACAUCCACAUUCAGCCUUCCGAGGAGGAAUACCUCAAGAGGGUCAGAGAUUUCAUUGGCGAUGACACACCAGCGGAGAUUGUCAAUGUCUCGAGGUGGUUCAUAAACGAGAUUGUUGCAGAAGAAUAUUCUCGGGGAAACGUCUUUUGCCUCGGCGAUGCGGUCCACCGACACCCACCGAUGAACGGGCUGGGCUCCAACACAUGCAUCCAGGACGCCUUCAAUCUGGCGUGGAAGAUUGCCUUUGUCGAGCGAGGAAUGGCGCCCAAGGAAUUACUAUCUACAUUCAGCACCGAGAGGCAGCCUGUUGGCCGCUCCAUCACUGAGCGGGCAAAUAACGGAUUCCGAGACCAUUUCAGGGUGUGGGACGCGAUGGGAACCAUACCACAAGACGUGGAAGCCCGCAAAAAGAGAUUUGCGGAACUACAGGCGCCAACACCCGAAGGACGAGCACGGCGCCGGGCUUUCCAGGACGCGAUUGAGGGCACGUCUCACGAGUUCCACGGCCUUGGGGCGGAGAUGGGGCAGCUAUACAGUGGCCCAGGGAUAAUCACGGCCGACGAGCCGGAGCCGUACAAACGGAGCGGCCGUGCCGCCGAGGACGACGUGCUCUACUACCAGCCCAGCACAUACCCCGGAUGCCGCUUGCCCCAUGCCUGGUUGAACAAGGCGAUUCCUGGGGAGGCCAAAUCCACCAUUGACCUAGCCGGCCAUGGCGCCUUCACCCUGCUCACGGGCAUUGGUGGUGAGGCCUGGCGACCCGCCGCUGAACACGUCUCCAAGCAACUUGGCGUGCCAAUCAGCGUGCACUCGAUCGGGUUCCGACAAGAUUGGGAAGACGUCUACUUUGAUUGGGACCGGCUGCGGGGCGUCGAGGAGUCCGGUGCUGUGCUGGUCCGCCCAGAUCGCUUCGUUGCUUGGCGAGCAGCCACGGUGCUGAGCAGCCCGGAGGCGUGUGAGACCAAGCUGUCUCAAGUCAUGCGUGCCGCCCUCGGCCACGCUGAUGCAUAA